AUGUCCGCUACGAACGGGACCUCAAAUGGUGCCCACCAUGCCAACGGAGCAGCACCCAGCAGUAAACCUGCAACAAAUAGCACACCCAAUACCAAACACAGCAACCGCGGUGUCAAACGACCAGAAGUCGAAAGCACAUUUAAACAAUAUGCCCAGUUGAUUCAUGCGGCACGGCGCCCGCUUCCAACGCAGUCCGGAGAUGGAUCGUAUUUGCGCAAAUCAAAAGCGAAAUCCUCGCUGUUGAAAGACCUCAGAUCUAUGGGCCCGCGAGGCUGGGGGACGUUGCUGGCUGUGAGAAAGAGCAAGAGAUCUGGAGACUUGAUUGAUGACAAAACGUAUAUUAUGGAGCGUGUGAUUAACCUUGUCGCUGGACUACCUCCUGAAUCAACAAUGAGAACCCAGCUGACCAACGCUUUUGUCAAAGAGUUGUGGGAUACUCUUCCGCAUCCAUCUCUACCUGCAUUCGGCGAUGAAUACAUGUACAGAUCGGCGGAUGGAUCAAAUAACAAUCCUCUGUUCCCGAAACUCGGCGCAGCAAAUACCCCCUAUGCCCGCUCAAUCAUCCCUUCUUCAAUUCAGCUGGGUGCACUCCCUGAUCCAGGCCUUAUAUUUGACAGUCUUUUCGCACGAGAGGAAUUCGUACCACACCCCAACGGUGUUUCUAGCGUAUUCUUCGGGUGGGCAUCCUUGAUCAUUCACGGAAGAGCAAAAUCAGAUGCGAACUUUCAAAGAUGGAAAAUUGAAACCAGAUUGCUUCUCCGAACCCAGGCUUCUGGCCCUUCCCCCCGCCUGCAGUGUUAUUCUUGUCAUGUUCAACCGGUAAAAUUACUCCAACUCUCUACCGGCGGUGGUAAAGCUAACAAUUUUAGAUUCCACAAUUACGCCGCCGAACAACUCGCCCACAUAAACGAAGGAGGCCGAUUUAAUAAACCCAGGCCGGGUUUGUCCCCCGAAGAAUUGGCCAAAGCCUGGGCGAAAUACGAUAAUGACCUUUUUCAGACAGCCCGAUUGGUUACCUGCGGCCUUUAUAUCAACAUUACAUUGUAUGAUUAUGUGCGCACGAUCAUCAAUCUGACCCGCAGUAACACCACCUGGUGCUUGGACCCUCGAGUAAAUAUGCGUACCAACGCGACCCCAGAAGCUGCGUCCAGCGGUGUGGGCAACCAAUGCUCCGUUGAGUUUAAUCUGGCAUAUCGCUGGCACUCCUGUAUUGGUCAGCAAGACGAGAGGUGGACCGAAGACAUAUAUCAGGAGCUGUUUGGGAAAUCAGCAGAAACUAUAACAAUGCCCGAUCUUUUAAUGGGUAUGAAGAAGUGGCAGAUGGAAUUGCCAAAGGAUCCGGCCCAGAGAUCGUUUGCGGGUCUGGAACGCAAACCCGAUGGUCGAUUCAAUGAUGAUGACCUUGUUAAAAUUAUGACAGAAAGCAUUGAGCAGAUUGCAGGAUCUUUCGGCCCGCGGAAUGUUCCUAAGGCUCUUCGGGCAGUGGAGAUCCUUGGGAUGCAACAGGCUCGCAAAUGGGGAUGCGGCUCACUGAACGAAUUCCGGAAGUUUUUUGGACUGAAAGAAUAUACAACUUUCGAAGAAAUCAACUCUGACCCAUACAUCGCCGAUCAGCUUCGGCAUUUGUACGAGCACCCUGACCAUGUUGAACUGUACCCUGGAAUUGUUGCCGAGGAACCUAAGAUUCCAAUGAUUCCCGGUGCAGGAAUCUGCCCUACGUAUACGCUCUCUCGAGCAAUUCUCUCAGAUGCGGUUGCUUUGGUUCGAGGUGACAGGUUCUAUACUACUGAUUAUCAUCCUAAGAACUUGACUAAUUGGGGUUUCUCUGAAACUCAUUAUGACCUAAACAUCAACCAAGGCUGUAUGUUCUAUAAGCUGAUGCUCCGUGCUUUUCCGAAUCACUUCCAGCCCGACUCCAUCUACGCCCACUAUCCAAUGACCAUUCCCAGCGAGAAUAGAAAGAUUUUUGCAACACUAGGUAGAGAGAACCAUUUCUCCUGGGAAAAGCCGUCAUUCAUUCCACCUCGCAUCAAUUUAACAUCAUAUCUCGGCGCUAAAACUGUUUUGGAAAAUGCAAGAGAUUUUCGUGUGACAUGGGGCGAAGCAACUGGAUUUCUAUUUGGCAAGGAGGGCUUGAAUUUCAUGCUCUCUGGAGACUCGCCCAAGCAUGCGAAACAACGGCAAGUCAUGGGCAAGGCGCUGUUUCAAGAAAGAUGGAAGCAGCAGGUGAAGGAGUUUUAUGAGGACAUUACUAUCAAACUCCUUAAGCAGAAGUCAUGCACAAUUGCUGGGGUGCAUCAGGUUGACAUCACCAGAGAUGUUGGGAAUCUUGCUCACGUUCAUUUCGCCUCCAAUGUCUUCUCUCUCCCACUUAAAACUGAAGAAAAUCCGCGAGGUAUAUAUACUGAGCAUGAGAUGUUCAUGAUUAUGUGUGUCGUUUUCACUUGUAUUUUCUUCGACCUUGACCCCGCAAAAUCCUUUCCCCUCCGGCAAGCCGCCCGAACAGUUGCGCAGCAAUUGGGCAAGAUUGUUGAAGCGUAUGUUAAAAGCGUGAAAGCCACAAGUGUGAUUUCAGGGCUUCUAGAUCGCUUCCGGAAAACAGAAACUGCAUUACAGGAUUAUGGAGUUCACAUGAUUCGAAGGUUACUCGCGAGUGGGCUGAGUGUUUCGGAGGUAGCUUGGUCGCAGAUUAUGCCCACAGCUGGGGCAAUGGUUCCUAAUCAAGCGCAGGUGUUUACUCAAAUUAUGGACUAUUACCUUUCUGAUGAAGGCCGAAUCCAUCUCCCCGAAAUACAGCGUCUCGCGCAAGAAGACACCCCCGAAUCUGAUGACAAGCUCCUCCAUUAUUGCAUGGAAGGUAUCCGACUCAAUGGCACAUUUGGUUCUUAUCGAGAAGCCGCAACUGCGAUGGAAGUCGAUGACGAUGGUCAACAUGUCUCUAUCAAAGCAGGUGACAAAGUUUUCGUCAGCUUUGUAUCAGCGAACCGCGACCCCGAUGUCUUCCCAAAUCCGAACGAAGUCCGUCUCGACCGGCCGUUGGACUCGUAUAUCCAUUAUGGCCAAGGCCCACACACUUGUCUCGGUCGAGAUGCAAACAUGGUAGCUCUGACUUCGAUGCUUCGUGUAGUUGGAAAGUUGAAGAAUUUGCGCCGGGCGCCAGGGCCGCAAGGCGAAUUGAAGAAAAUUCCCAGACCAGGCGGGUUCUACAUUUACAUGCGCGAGGAUCAUGGUAGUUACUUCGUGUUCCCCAUGACUUUUAAAGUACAUUUUGAUGGAGAAUUGCCCGACUUCCCGAAGAGAAAGGCACCGUCUUGA